GACCAAGGAGGCAAGACCCCAGCAGGUCACAAGUAACGUGGCGAUGUAGAACUCAGAGCCAGGUCCAUUCGUUGUAAUAUUAGGAAUUCUGUCCAAGAGGAAGAGAACUUUCAAGGAAAGUUGGCAAUAGAAUCUGCUGCUUCCCUUUGUAAAGGCACAGCAGCUCUUUCUCAUCCCAAUCCAGGAAAUUCAUAGAACAGAAAUUUUGCGGAUUGAAUUCAGGUUCCAUCGAACCGCCGGAUAGAAGUUUUCCUCAGCUGAUUUGAUGUGCAAAGAAGGGUCUGCUCUUGAGCCGCUGCAGACUGCGAAAUGACGAUCAAGAAAUCUGUUGAAGGUCAAAGAAGCAUUCAUCUGGAUAUUCCUCAGCUUCAGAAGAAACAUGAAGUAUUCAAUUCACCCGCCACAAUCUUUGAGCCGCAGACUAGUGCUGGUAGGAGAGACGGAAGCAGCAGGAACUCUGUUCACCCCACACUGCCGGCUGUUUCGGCGCCGGAGAAGAAGCUGACUCUGUUUGCUCUCCGCCUUGCGGUUCUCGAAAAAGCAGCCACUGGCCUGGGAACCCUUGGUUUCAUCUGGGCAACGGUUGUGCUCCUAGGGGGCUUUGCCAUUACCCUAGAGAACACCGACUUCUGGUUCAUCACCUUCAUUUUAUUAAUUGAAGGAGCUCGAAUAUUCAGCAGGAGUCAUGAGCUGGUAUGGCAACACCAGUCCACAUGGUCAAUAGCUGAUGCCGGAAUCAGCAGCUUCCGAAAGCUCAGAUUGAGCUCUAGUACUCUAGUUGUAUCCGUGAAGGAUAUGUUGAGUCCCGUAAGCUCUGGUACAAGGAAGCAAAGUCAAAGCAGCAGGGAAAUUUCCAAAACCACUGAUGCGCCAAAUGUCAGAGAGCAGAAAUUGCAAAGGAAGACGACCCGGAUUUGGAUUUCUUCGGAAGUUCCUAUUGUACCUUAUGGGGGAUGGGUUUUCCUUUCAAGAAAUAUCAGCAAGAUUCUAUAUUGGCUUCAGCUCUUAUCAGCUAUGGUCUGCAUUGUGCUCUCACUGAUGAAGCUCAUCGAGCACAAUUAUGGUGAGGUAGCUAAAGGAGACACAGACAAGAGAAACCGGAAAGCUGCUCUGAUUAUCUUUUAUGCCUUGGCUUUGGCAGAAGCUCUGGUCGUCCUGACAGAGAAACUUUACUGGGAGUGGAAGGUUGUAAUCUGUAAGCUUCUCGAAGGGGUGAACGACGAAUGCGAUCUGGGGGCUUCAGGUAUGAUCUCGACUCAGAGAUUUUUCUAUGACUCCUAUUCAAAAUGUAUUAGUGGGAGCAUUUUUGAUGGCCUGGGAAUGGAUAUGGUGACUUUUGCGACGGAUCUCUUAUCUUCAAACUCGCUGGAUGAGCAGCUCAUAGGAGCCAGGAUUCUUCAACGGUUUUCUACGAACAAACGGUUUUCAAACGACACGCUUCAGAAGAUCGGAACAACUCUGCCUGUUAUAGAGAGACUGGUGGAGAUCUUAAACUGGAAAGACCCACAAGAGGAAGAAAUCAGGCUAUCAGCUGCAGCAAUAGUUUCGAAAUUAGCCGGGAAAAAGCAAAACUCCCUUCGGGUCACUGGAAUACCUGGGGCUGUGGAAUCGAUAUCAUCUCUUCUCCAGACAAACAGAAGCCCCAGUUCAGCAGCAGACGAAAUUGGAGAAAAGAAAAUCAUCUUUGACCAUGAAGACUAUGGAUACUGGACUUUCAAUCAUUUGGGACUUCUCAUUCUGAAGAAACUAGCCCGUGAUCAUGAUAACUGCGGAAAAAUUGGAAACACAAGGGGCCUUCUACCUAAAAUCAUAGAUUUCACUCAUGCUGAUGAAAGAAUGUUGAAGGACUCAAGUGGCACCACAUCGCAGGAUUUGAAUGUUAGAAGGUCCUUACAACUUAUGAAGAGGCUGGCAAGCACGACAGGUACCACCGGGAAAAUUCUCCGGAGAGAGAUCUCUGAGAUAGUCUUCACGAUAAGCAACAUAAGAGAUAUUCUACGAUAUGGAGAGAAACGACCGGAACUGCAGAAACUAGGGAUUGAGAUCCUUACCAGUUUGGCACAAGAAGUUGAUGUAUCAGAGCGAAUAGGAGAGACCGGAGGAGUUCUGAAAGACCUGUUAAAGAUUUUCUUCCGACAAGGAGUGCCAGAAGAUCAAAGGGAUGUGAGGAUCGUGGCCGGAGAAGCCCUGGCAAUGCUGGCUUUCGAAAGCAAGAGCACCUGUCAUCGAAUCUUGAAGUUAAAUGUAGUGGAGGGGCUUGUUGUAGCAUUGGAGGUACCGCUUAUUCAUGUUAAUGCUGGAAGAAUUUUGAGGAAUCUGUGCACUUACACUGGACCAGAGUCCUUCAACCAGCUAAAGGGAGUAACAGCAGCGGCACCAAUAGUAAGUGCAUUCUUUUGCUAAAACUGAACCUGAACCGCAUUCUCGAUAACCAGAAAGGGCAGUUUUGUACAAGUUUAAGAUGUCCUAGAAAGAAUGAAAUUAAUUGUUCCUACCUUACCAUCGUUCCUAUACGCAGGUUCUCAAUGCAAUCUUGUCAGAAGAAGGCAAAUUUCGAGAGGUGAUGGUUGGGCUAGCAGCACAUACUUUCAAGUUCAUGACAUCAGAAGAAUCAACUGCCGUCUUCAAGAAGGCGGGGGUUAGAGAAGCCAAAUUA